CCCUUCUCUACUGUUGCCAACUUUAGUUGUUCCUCCUAUGUCAUUGGAGGAGCAUCAACAAUGGCCCCUGCAAGGAAGACAACUGAGAAGCGGCAUAACCCUGUGGAGAGCAUCUGCAGAAAAAUCAGAGCCAUCCAAAAGAGAGAAGAGCUUUCAAAUCCAAUUCAACAGAUUAUCAAAUACCAAUCCAGCAGUUUCAGUAGUCCCCAGACUAACACCAGGAAAGAUUUUGAGGAGGUACUGAAGAAAAUGACUGCACCCAACACUCACUUGUCAGGCUCUGAGAAGGAUGAUGCCUUCAUUUCAUCUCAAACCAUGUCUCCAAGGACCCCAUCCAUCUCUCAUCUCAGCUCCCCUGAGAAAGCAACACACUCUGUUAUCCUCACAAGUUCUGAAAACAUCUCAAGGCCAAGAUCACAGAGCUUCCAGAAUUAUAUAUCAUUGGUAUCACAGGUCAGUAAGGGGGAACACUUCUCUAACAAGGAUUUGAAUAAUCAUUGUAAUGAAAAUCAUUUUAGUACUUUAACACUUGACUUUGAUACCAGCUCUGAUCAAAGCUCUAAAAUUUUUACUCCUCAGGAUUCAGUGGUGAAAAAAUGCUCUCUGAAUGAAGAUGGAUGGAAACCAGGAACUGAUGGCGCCAAGAGAGCUGUGACCUACAGCCGUGCCAGGGCCCGGGAGGGGCAGAUCUUCACCAGUAUUUUUCAUGCAUGUGACACAAAAGGCAGAGGCUCAGUAAGAAUUGCCAAAGUAAUAGAUUACCUGAGACAAACAACUAGUCAAGAUUCUGAAGACAGUGACUUUGAGCAGCUGUGGAACAUGCUUGGUCCUGAAAGGAGAGACGUGCCUGUGGAUCUGGAAACUUUCCAUGCCAUCAUGAAAGAAUGGAUGGCUUGCUGCAGAAACAAAUGGGAAGGAGUGAAUAGUGGAUCAGGAAGCUGUGUCGAUGCUUCUGUUUUUGGACAGGACAGCUUAAAAUCAGGGGGAGCAAUUAAUAUGACCACAGAGAUAACAGAAUCUGUAUCAAGGAGCUUCGAGGCUUUGGCUGGAGACAUGUCUAAAGGAGUCUUAGAGGUGUCUGAUUUGAUUACCUAUGUAGCAGACCUGCAUUUCAACAAGCAGAAAUUGGAGAAGGAAAAUAGUAAGUUUAAGUUGGCAAUGGAAGCCUUGGAAGAAGCUAACAGCCAAUUAUCAGAGGACUGUACUGAAUUGCACCUUCAGAUAAAAAGUGCCCACCAGGCUAUUAUGAGAACAAAUCUGUUAAAAGAAGAGCUAGAGGAACUGAAAACUAGUAUGAAUGCUUCAGAAGAGCAGAAGACCACAAUUGUAGCCCAGAACAAACAAUUAGAGACAGAAAACCGGGCUCUGAUUCUUAAGAUUCGGAAUCUCCAAGAGGAGAAUAUCAAGAAUAUUAUGGAUGUAUAUGCAUUGGAAAAGAAUAUUGAGGAAUUGUCUAAAACUGAGACAGAGCGCCAAAUGCAGUUACACAUGUAUGAGGACACUUGGCUUAAUAAAGAUGCAAGUUUGCAGAAGAAGGAUUUAAGUAUAGAAGAACUUAAGUCAACCAUCAUAGAAUAUGGAAGCAUUCUAGAGAACUUACGAGAGGAUAAAAACAAACUGGCUCGUGAGUUACAGCACUCGCAACAGGACCUUAUCAUGAAUGAGAUCCAAUCAAAUGUCAGUGGAGAGCAUGAGAGUAUCAUCUCUAGAAGAGAAAAAUCUUUACAUUGUGAACUCAUUCUUGCCCAGUCUGCAGAGAUCACCAAAAUGGACUUGCAGUGCAGUUGCAUCAGCUUGUCAUCUCUGGACACAGUAAUGGGCCAAGAAAUGCUGCUGUUACUGAGAGAACUUGAACAAAAGGGAGUGGAAUUCACAGCUCUUCUCCAGAAGCUGCAUGAAGAAGUUUCUGAGGUGGAAACCCUCCUCGAUACCUCUCUACAGGGGAUAGCUAAUCCAGAAAUUACUGUGAAAGAAAAGUGGGAGAACAAGUUCACUGAAUUCAGAUAUGCCAUGGAAGAGAAACUAAAUCUCUGCAUAUUAAAGCUGCACAGCUUGGGAAAACACAAAGAACCUCUUGAUAAAGAGUUUGUCAAAUUGAUAGAGAUUUUGAAGAGAUUCAGGCUGGAAUAUUUUCAUUUCAGAAGAGAAUUUCUUUCCAGACAGAAACAACUAGAAGCCCUUAAACAGCUGCAAGAAGAUGCUGUCAACCAGGAAGCCAUACUUAGGAAGAAGGUCCAAGAAGCCAGCCAAUGGCAGAAGGAUGCAGAGGAGCAGGUUGAGGAUCGAGAUGGCACUACCCACUCUGCCAGUGAAAAAGCUAAGUCUUUGCUGCAUAAAUUAGAGGAAGCAAUUUCAGAACAACUGAGUCUCCAGACUAUAAAUACUGAGCUAGUGAACACUUGCCAGACAGCGGAGCAGAAGACAAGAAAACUGAAAACAACAAUCAAGUCACUAAGAAAGAAGUUAAUUAAAGGACGACUCCAUAGCUUGUUGUUUCAGAGAUGUUUAGAUGAAGAAUUUCCUCACUAUGAUCCCUUGCCCUACAGAAAUACAAUUAAACAACAUCUUCAAGAACAACAGGAGCCGUGUUGUCAUAAGCAGUGUCAUGGUCAAGAAGCAAGGAUACAUCAGACACCUCUGACCUUCAAACAUACAUGCUGGUACACACCUCUGCUGGAUGCCUUGCAUCUGGAUAGUCUCACACUGAUUCCAAGACUGUCAUUGAUACCUUUCUCAUGUGUAGCUAACCAAAUUCAUGCUUCAUGUGAAAGGCCCAAAUAUGGAAAAAUAGAGGAUGGUACUUUGGAUGUGACUAGAACACACAAGUUCCCAGGCCCAACAAUUGGCCCCGACCCAGGAACAGAUCUUUCCAAUUGCAUCAGGAUGAAUGAUGACCUAAGUAUGGGAGAGAAUGGUAUUGAACACUUGCAUCCUGAGAGCCUGCCACAGUCCAGGGAACAUUCGACAAUCUCAUCUCCUGUACAGACUUCACACACUGAGAGUACUGUAACUAAAAACGAUUCUGGAUCAGAAACUUUGAAUAUGGCUUCUGGUGACCUUGAUUGUGAAGCAGUCUGUGAUAAGGAGGAGGAUAAAAAAUCAUAUUCUGCUAUGAUGAAAGUCAGAGACACAAGUCCAGCUCAUGAGAAGGUUGCACUCCAAGGCUCUGUGAAUGAGGACACACCCAUAUUAAAUCUGGAAGCCAAAAAGGAACCAAAAACAAUGAAUGAGCACAGAAAAGAAUGCGUUGCAGAAGACACUGCUAUUUCCUCUCUUCCUGUAACCACUGUGAAAUCGGUUAACUUUAAACAAAGUGACAACACUUCUGCUAAUGAGAAGGAGGUAGAGGCUGAAUUUCUCAGAUUAUCUUUGGGAUUUAAGUGUGAUUGGUUCACCUUGGAGAAAAGAGUAAAACUUGAAGAAAGGACCCGUGAUUUGGCAGAAGAAAAUUUGAAGAAAGAAAUCACUAACUGUUUAAAGCUUUUGGAGUCUUUAACAGCUCUCUGUGAAGAUGACAACCAGGCCCAGGAAAUCAUUAAGAAGCUGGAGAAGAGUAUAACAUUCCUUAGCCAGUGCACUGCACGAGUGGCCAGUAGGGCUGAGAUGUUGGGAGCCAUUAAUCAGGAAAGUCGGGUUAGUAAAGCUGUUGAAGUGAUGAUUCAGCAUGUAGAAAACCUGAAGAGGAUGUAUGCCAAAGAACAUGCUGAAUUAGAAGAACUGAAACAGGUUCUUUUGCAAAAUGAAAGGUCUUUUAACCCCCUGGAAGAUGAAGAUGACUGCCAAGUUAAAAAACGCUCAGCUUCUCUAAACUCCAAGCCAUCUUCUCUUCGAAGAGUAACAAUUGCUUCUUUACCCAGAAAUAUUGGGAAUGCGGCAAUGGUGGCUGGGAUGGAAAACAAUGACCGAUUCAGUAGGAGGUCAAGCAGUUGGCGUAUUUUGGGGUCAAAGCAGAGUGAACAUCGUCCCUCAUUACACCGAUUUAUCAGCACCUAUUCCUGGGCAGAUGGUGAAGAAGAAAAAUGUGAGCUAAAAACUAAAGAUGACUCAGAACCACCUGGAGAAGAAAUAGAAGAAAGGACAAGAAAGCCAAGUCUUUCUGAAAAGGGAAAUAAUCCAUCAAAAUGGGAUGUCUCUUCAGUUUAUGACACAAUAGCUUCCUGGGCAACCAAUCUCAAGACUUCCAUCAGAAAAGCUAAUAAGGCACUCUGGCUUUCUGUCACAUUAAUUGUACUGUUUGCGGCUUUGAUAAGCUUCCUCACAGGCCGGUUUUUCCAAAAGUCCGUGGAUGCUGCUCCCACCCAGGAUGGAGACACCUGGAUGUCUCUAGAACAUAUCUUGUGGCCAUUUGCCCAGCUCCGACACAACGGGCCACCGCCAGUGUGA